AUCACGUGGCUUCCUCUGUCGGCCUCUAGCCCCUCUCUUCUCCCUCCCCCCUUUCCUUUCGCCCCCUCUCCCCUUUAGAAAUAGCGGCGUUCCUUCUCCUGUGCUAGCCGCCGGAAAGCAGGGCGGGAACGCCGCGGCGUUUUUACGACACCGGCGCCGGGUAGAUACCCCGUCCCUUUUCCUCCCGGGGAGCGACGGCCUAGGCGCAAUGUUCGGGGUUGGCGAUGAAGAUGACGCCGACUUCCUCUCCCCCAGCGGCGGUGCUAAAUUAGCCUCCCUCUUUGGACUGGAUCAGGUGGUUGUGGGCCAUGGAAAUGAAUUCUUCCAGUAUACAGCUCCAAAGCAGCCUAAGAAAGGCCACACAGUAACAGCAGCUGCAAAUCAGCCAGCACAGAAAACUCCUCCGACUGCAGCCCCUGUUGGAGCUUCCACAGUCCUAGCUGCCACAGCGGUCCAUGCAUAUCGAUUCACAAACGGUCAGUAUGUGAAGCAAGGAAAAUUAGGUGCUGCAGUCCUGGGGAACCACCCUGCCAAAGAGUACAGGAUUCUCAUUUACAUAAGUCAGCAACAGCCAAUCACCUCUGCCAGGAUUCAUCCAAAUUUUGAACUGACGGUACAGGCCAACAACUAUAGCACCUUUUAUGAUGACCAGAGACAAAAUUGGUCCAUGAUGUUUGAAUCAGAAAAGGCUGCAGUGGAUUUCAAUAAACAGAUAUGCAUUGCCAAAUGUAACAGCAUGUCCUCCUUGGAAGUUGUGCUGAGCCAGGAUCUUACUAUAGGAGAGGGUCCAAGUGUUGAAGUUGGUAAUUCUUUGGAGGUGGCCUAUACAGGCUGGCUCUUUCAGAAUCAUGGACUAGGCCAGGUAUUUGACUCUUCUGUUAACAAGGAUAAACUUCUUCGAUUAAAGCUGGGAUCAGGAAAAGUCAUUAAGGGCUGGGAAGAUGGAAUGCUCGGCAUGAGGAAAGGAGGUAAAAGGCUUCUCAUUAUUCCUCCGGCAUAUGCUUAUGGCUCUGAAGGUUUAAGUGGACAUAUUCCAUCAGACUCGACCCUGGUAUUUGAGGUAGAAGUCAGAAGGGUGAAAUUUGCCAAAGAUUCUGGCUCUGAUGGGCACAGCAUUAAUUCCCAUGAUUCUGCAACUCCUUCUCCAACACCUGGUGCUGAUAACUUUAGUGCUGAACCAGUAUUACUGCCACCCACUGCAGUGCCUUUUAAACCUGGAGAGCCAGCUGUUCGAACCAAGUCAAACUCCAUCAGUGAGCAACUUGCGAAUCCUGAUGUGACCAAAGCUAAGCUUAUCUCUAGGAUGGCUAAAAUGGGACAGCCCAUGUUACCCAUUGUUCCUCCUCACCUAGACUCCAGUGAUUCCGAGAUGGAGGACCUGAAUGCCCUGCGAGGAACAGGUCAGCACAUGAUGACUGCAUCCAUCCAUCCCUCUCCUGAACCAGCCCUUGUACCACCGAAGCCAAGGACAUCACCAACAUCUCAGCAAUCAGUCCCUGGGAUCCAAGUGCCCUCUGCUGCCUUAAUGCCAGUUGCAGCUAUCCAGUCUCACUCCAAUCUGCCUGGAAAUUCCCAGUCCUUUCAGCCCUAUGCAGGGAUGCAGGCCUGUACCUAUCACCAGAAUGCUACCCCAAUCACUUCCCAGCUACAACCUGUAGGACCCAUGUAUCCAGGACCACUUUCUCAGACUCCUCAUUUUCAAGGCUCAGCUGAUAUUGCUUCCUUUCUCAUGACUGAAGCUCGGCAGCAUAACACUGAAGUCCGAAUGGCAGUGAGCAAAGUGGCCGAUAAAAUGGACCAUCUUGUUGCCAAGGUGGAAGAAUUACAGAAGUACAAUGCUAGCAACUCUCUGCUCCUUCCUAGCUUAUCAGUCAGCAUGGAAACAAGUAUGAUUAUGAGCAACAUUCAAAGGAUCCUUCAGGAAAAUGAAAAAUUGAAGCAGGAGGUCCUUGAGAAGAAAAAUCGGAUAGAAGAACAAAAUGACAAGAUUACUGAUCUGAUUGAACGCAGUCAGAGGUAUGUGGAGCAGAAUAACCUGCUGAUGGAGAAGAGAAAUAGCACCCUGCAAACAGCCACGGAAAACACGCAGGCAAGAGUGUUACAUGCUGAGCAGGAGAAGCACCUGAUGUCAGCAGCAGGAUUCGUUGAGGGGUGGGACCGAGGGAGGCCGCCUGGACGUGGUGCUAAGGUCACAGAAGAGUUGGCAUCGGUGACUGCCCAGGUUUCCAGUCUGCAGCUGAAACUGACCGCUCAGCAGAAGAAGGAAACAGACCUGCAGAUGCAGCUGACAGAAUGCCUGAAGGAAGCAGAUCUCCGGGAAGCUCAGAUCAGCCAAUUGCAGGCACAGAUCACAGAACUUCAAGAAACAUCAGAGCAAGCCCAGUCCAAAUUUAAAACUGAAAAGCAGAACCGCAAGCAAUUGGAACUGAAGUUGGCAACUCUCGAAGAGGAGCUGGCUGACCUUCAGGCUGAGAAAGAAUCUCUGGAGAAGACCCUCUCAGAGAGGAAAAAGAAGUCUGCCCAAGAGCGAAGUCAGGCUGAGGAAGAGAUUGAUGAAAUUCGCAAAUCACAUCAGGAAGAAUUAGAAAAACUUCGGCAGCUCCUGAAACAGGCUCAAGUAUCUACAGAUCAGACAGCUGCUGAACAGGUGUCUCUGGCGCAAGCUGAGCUGAGAUCCCAGUGGGAAGCCAAGUGUGAGCGUUUGUUGGCUUCUGCCAAGCACGAACAUUUGCAACAGUACCGAGAAGUGUGUGAGGAGAGAAAUGCUACUCAGCAGAAACUCACUCACCUGAAAGAAAAGCUCUCUGCUCUGGAGCAGUCUCAAGGUGUAGAGGAGAAGAAGCUUUCUGAAUACCAAGAGCUGGCAGAAGAGAGGCAGAAGAAGACGGGUUUCCAUAACCUGUACUAUUUGCAGUGUGUAGCUCUCCAAUCCAAAAUUGAUACCCUAACAGUCUACUAUGAGCAGCAAAUUCAGGAGUUAAAGAAACAGAAAACACAAGAAACUGAACAUGGAUCAGAAGCACCAGACACUUCAGAGAAGGUAAAGAAGAUCAUGAACCGAGUGUUCCAAUCUCUAAGGGGAGAAUUUGAAUUGGAAGAGUCCUAUGAUGGCAGGACCAUUCUGAGCAUUGUCAUGAAUACGAUCAAGCUGGAGACGCUGCUUCUGUUAGUUCCCCAGGAGCCGGAAAAGGAGAGCAGCAGUGAGGAGGAAGAAGAGCAGCCCCAGAAAGUACCUCAGGAACACUCGGCCCCAACCAUUCCAACUCCAGCUCUUAGAACCCUGGAUCAGGAGGGGCUCAAGCCCGCAGCUAAACCAGCGGAGCAGGAAGACAAGCCAGAGAGUCCACUGCCUAAGGCCUUUGAGACACAGAAUGGGGUGGAGGAAAGACACCACAGGGAUGGGAUUUCAGAGGCAGAGAAAAGUCUAGAAGUGCCACAUCAACCUCUCCCACAAGGGUCAACUAGAGUUCCAUCUCAAGGUAUUCCAGGGCCCCCAACUUCAAUUCCACCCAUGCCACCUCUUCUUGGAGAUGCUGUAGUCUGUGAACCUGAGUGUGAAGAAACACGUGUUGAUAAUAAGAUGAGACAUCACAAAAGCAGCCUGUCAGAAGCCUCAGGUACCCCAAGACAGGAGAGUGAAAAAACUUCGCAGCCACGAAGCCAUCAGGCUAUAAGCCACAAGGAAGAGGACCCACUGUCAGCGGAACUCGGACAUUCAAGGGAAGAACUGAAACCUCCCCUGAAAGAUGAAGAGAAGGAUUACCCCACUGUCAUGUCCAGCACCACCAAGGAGCAGUUGGGCGUAAAUGUAAAUUUUGCAGAACCAGUGGCCACCCCGAAACCUAGCCCUGAGCACCAGAACGCCAGUUUCACAGGUGGUGAUGAAGAUUGCAUGUUUAAAGGGGCAGCAUUGAAAGCAUCGAAGCCAGUUCCAAUGCCUGAUGAUGACGAUGAAGAUGAAGUGAGCAUGAAGGGACGCCCACCCCCAGCACCCCUUUUUGGGGAUGAUGAUGAUGACGAUGACCUUGACUGGCUGGGAUGAAAACUCGAGAGAUAGUACAGAGGUCUUUCAGUCUGCCCUACUCUGCCUUUCUCUUUCUGAGCACUGUUUUGCACAGCUGACCCUGGUUCUGGGUGGGCAACAGGGUAAGAUCCAGAAUUUCUUAACCCUCUCCAGAGCUGAAUUUUCUGGCCCAUCCCAGUAAGCAUCGGGAAAGCAUCCUCCCAUCCGGGAGCAUCCCCCCAGUGUCUGGUGCUGCUGGUGCAGAAAGCAGCCUUUGGCAUUUUACUGUCCACACACAUCUUUUCUAAGUAAACAAAUGGAACUCUGAUCUCCAGCAACUCCUUUGAGAUAGACCUGUGAUAUCUUCUUCCACUAGGAGAUGCUAAUAUAGCUCCUAGUCUUUUUUUUUUCCCCUGGG